AUGCUGCAGCCUCACGCAUUGCGGGUACAGGAAGUGGCUCCCGAUCAGAAUGCAUCUCCCGGCUUUAAAUGGAAAGCUACAAUAAAGAGGAAAUUGCGCGAAGCUGGCGGGGAAAUGAAGGUAAAGAAAUUGCGAAAAACGGUUGUAGAAGCGUACAGGGAAGUUGUUGGAAAUGACGAAGGAGCUGAGGAGCUCUUUGAGGCUAAAUUAGCCAAAACCGGAGCGGUAAUCAACGGGAAACUAGUCUCACUAGCGACCUAGCA